AUGUCUGAAACAAAGAACAUUGUGAUUCUCGGUGGUGACCAUGCUGGUCCAGAAGUCAUUGCUGAGGCAGUCAAGGUGCUCGAAGCCAUUUCGGAAGUUCGCAAAGACAUCAAGUUUACCUUCCACAACCAUUUAAUUGGUGGUGCUGCUAUCGAUGCUACCGGAUCGCCUCUUCCUGAUGAGACUCUCGAAGCUGCCAAGAAGGCUGACGCGGUACUUUUAGGUGCCGUUGGUGGUCCCAAGUGGGGUACCGGGGCAGUUCGUCCUGAACAAGGACUUCUCAAAAUCCGCAAGGAGCUUAAUCUGUAUGCCAAUUUGAGACCAUGUUCAUUUGCCAGUGACUCGCUUGUCGAACUUUCUCCUCUCAAGGCUGAUAUUGUUCGUGGCACCGAUUUCACAGUUGUCCGUGAGCUCGUUGGUGGUAUUUACUUUGGAGCUCGUAAGGAAGAUGACGGAUCCGGUGUUGCAAGCGAUACUGAAGAAUACAGCGUUGCUGAAGUUCAACGAAUUACCAGAAUGGCCGCGUUUUUGGCUCUUCAAUCCAACCCUCCUCUACCAGUUUGGAGUUUGGACAAGGCCAAUGUCCUGGCUUCUUCUAGACUUUGGAGAAAGGUUGUGACUGAAACUAUCAGCAAGGAAUUCCCUCAACUCAAAUUACAACAUCAAUUAAUCGAUUCGGCUGCUAUGAUGCUUAUCAAGAGUCCGACCGCCUUGAAUGGUGUUAUUAUCACCAACAACAUGUUCGGUGACAUCAUCUCUGACGAGGCUUCUGUCAUUCCUGGUUCCUUAGGUCUGCUGCCAUCGGCUUCUCUCUCGUCUCUUCCUGACAAGAACAAUGCAUUUGGACUCUAUGAACCCUGUCACGGUAGUGCACCUGAUCUACCCAAAAACAAGGUCAACCCCAUUGCUGCCAUUUUAUCUGCCGCUAUGAUGCUCCGUCUAUCACUCAAUCUCAAGGAGGCUGCUGACGCUGUUGAGGCUGCCGUUCGCACUGUUCUUGAUGCUGGUGUUCACACUGGAGACCUUGGCGGCUCUGCAUCCACGACACAGGUCGGAGAUGCCAUCUCUGCCCAAGUCAAGAAGCUUCUGGCUUAA